AACUCACACAUUCGGUGUUUAGCGUUUGAACGGAGUGCAACGUGUGCGCGCGAGUGUAGUAGAUACAAAAAAUAAAAUAAGUUUGUUUUCUUUUUUAAGCAAAAAUCAAAAUAAAUAUAUAAAAAAUGUAUGAUAAAUACAAAUGAAAUUCAAUAAAAAAUAAACGUGUAUGUGUGUGUUUCUAAAACCUCUUUUUUCGCGACAACAGAUAAAAUUGUUGAAGAGCAUGAAAAGAAAUUAAAUAAAGAAAAUUGAUUGAAAAUAAAUGCAAAAUAAAAAAAGUUAAAUAAAUAUUUAACACUAAAGAUAACAACAAGAAAAAAAAGCUAAUUGUAAGAUAUUUAUUCUUAACAUCAAAAUAAAAAUAAGAAAAAUUGUUUACGAAAGUAUAUAAUUGUGAAAACGUUAAGUGAAACAAGUAAAAAGUGAAAGAAAGAUAUUGUUAAAAGAGAUAGAAAGAAAACUAAUUAAGAAUAUUAAUUAAUACAUUUAAAUAAAUAUAUAACAAUAUUUUGGAUAAAUCCGGUACUCUGGUUUACGCAAAAUUUCAAGUGAUAGUUUGUUGCAGCAUCAGACAACAACGUUGUAAAAUUUGAUUACAGCAGUGACAACAAGAACAUCCAGAAUAACAACAAAGUAAAUAUUAAAUACAAAAACAUAUUUAGUGCAUCUUUCUACUUCUCUUUUAUUUUUGUUGGAAAACUAAAAUAAAACAACAAACAAUUAUUGUACAACAACGUCUUUAAAAUACAUAACUUACAACAUAUUUUGAUAAAUCUGCCAACAUAAAGAAAGAAUACCAAUUAAAUAAUAACAAAUCAAAUGCAAACAUAACAUAAAUUAAAGAAAACUAUUAAAUAUCUUAAAAAAUAACGCUCUGCAAAAAAUUAUCAUUAAAUUAUUAAAAGAAAAACCAAAAAAAAAAAAAAUCUCACAUGUUUUUCAUCCGUAUUUGCUUUUAAGGUGGGGUUUGGUGUUUUAAAAUAAAUAAAUAUAAAAUAAUAAAAAAAUAAGUGCCAAUUAGCAAACCAAAACAAGUGUUAAAGUAAAAUUUUUUUCACAAAAAAAAAUGUUUUAAUUUUUUUUUAAUAAUUAUAAUCAAACAAAAACUUCCAACAACUGCCAGAGCUGUUUCUUAACUUUAAACAGCAAAAUUAGCUAUAAAUAACUAAAAAAGAAUUUUUCUUUAAAACCCCUCUGGUUCAAUAUUUGUUUCAAAAAUAGGCAAAAAAGUGCAAUUAUUUCAAAAUUUCUAUCUAAAUAGUCCACUGGUCAAAAUGGGCUUCUCGUCGGCCCUACAGGGCCGUGCUGCCCACGAGGCGUUAGUUGUACGACAAGAUGCUGAACUGCGUUUAAUGGAAAUUAUGAAACGUACCAUGCAACUGAAGGCGAAAAACGACAAAGAAUAUGCUAUCGGUUUGGCCGCGGUGGCACAGCAGGGUUUGAAAAUCGAUCGGGCUGAUGAAAUGCAAGGUAGUCUUAUAACAAAAUCCUGGCGCUCCUACAUGGAUGAAUUAGAUCAACAAGCUAAACAGUUUAAAUCCAAUGCCGAACAAAUCGAAGUGGUAUGUGAAAAAUUAGCCCACUUAUCGCAGGAUAAGCGUAAGGCAAGAAAAACAUAUCAAGAAGAACAUACAAAAAUAGCAGCCAGAUUAAAUCAUCUUACCGAUGAAGUGGUACGCAAAAAGUCCGAAUAUCAAAAGCAUCUUGAGGGCUAUAAAGCCUUGAGAACACGUUUCGAAGAACAUUAUAUAAAAGCCGGUCGUGGUGGUCGUAAAUUAGAUGAUGUUCGUGAUAAAUAUCAAAAAGCCUGCCGUAAAUUACACUUAACCCACAACGAAUAUGUACUCUCCAUAACAGAAGCCAUUGAAGUGGAAAAGGAUUUUCGUAAUAUAUUAUUGCCCGGCCUCUUGGAACAUCAACAAUCGGUACAGGAAAGUUUUAUAUUAUUAUGGAAGAAUAUUUUACAAGAAGCCAGCCAACAUGGUGAUUUAACAUCUGAUAAAUUUAAAGAAAUACAAAAACGUAUUGAUAAUGUGAUAAAUAGUAUAAAUCCCAGUGAAGAAUAUCGGGAAUUUACCGAAAAACAUAGAACCUCUCCCACCAGCCCUGUAGUAUUUCAAUUUGAUGAAUCUCUUAUCGAAGAUAUACCCGGUAAACUACAAUCCAGUACAUUGGCUGUUGAUAAUCUUACUGUGGAUUGGUUGCGCACCAAACAACUAGAACUGGAGUUAUCGGUUAAAGAUUGCCAAGAGAAACAAUUGAAAAUGAUAGAACAUGUUAAUGGUGGUUCACCGAUAAUUGCCAAUGGUACUAUAACCUCUAAUGGUUCCAUAACAAAUGGUAUACAAUCCUGCAAAGAAAAUCAAAAUCGCCAAUCCAAGGACUUAAAUGCCUUAAGAUGUCAAGAAAAACAGAAACAAAAAUUAGUUGAUAUGAUUAAAUUCGCCUUAAAUGAAGUUGGCUGUGAAGAACUGCCUUCGGGUUGUGAUGAUCAUUUGGAUCCUAAUUUUGAACAUGGCUUUAAUAAUGAUAAUCAUCAGAACUCCAAUACAACACCAUCCGUAAGUAUAAUUAAUGAACUAAGAAGACGUGGUGGCGUUUUAACUCUACUACGGGGACGACAUUUUAAACGUAAAUCAACACCACAACCUACAACACCGACUGCAGCUACCAGAGCCAAAAGGCUUAACAACAAAAUGAAACCCAGAUCACAGAGUUUGGGUUCAUUAUCGUUAUCUACGUCCACUAAUCGCCCCCUAUACGAAGAAGAAUGGUUCCAUGGUGUAUUACCACGCGAAGAAGUCGUACGUUUACUCAAUAACGAAGGUGAUUUCUUAGUACGCGAAACCAUACGCAACGAGGAAAGUCAAAUUGUUUUGAGUGUCUGCUGGAAUGGUCAUAAACAUUUUAUUGUCCAAACAACGGUCGAUGGACAUUUUCGUUUCGAAGGACCACCUUUUCCCAGUAUACAAGAAUUGAUUUUACAUCAAUAUCAAUCGGAAUUGCCAGUAACCGUUAAAUCGGGAGCCAUAUUAAGAAGGCCUAUAUGUCGAGAAAUUUGGGAAUUAAGUAAUGAUGAUGUGGUGUUAUUGGAAAAGAUUGGCAGAGGUAACUUUGGUGAUGUUUAUAAGGCCAAAUUAAAAUCAACCAAUUUAGAUGUUGCUGUCAAAACUUGUCGCAUGACUUUGCCCGACGAACAGAAACGUAAAUUUUUACAAGAAGGUCGCAUUUUAAAACAAUACGAUCAUCCCAAUAUUGUAAAACUAAUCGGUAUUUGUGUUCAAAAGCAGCCUAUUAUGAUUGUCAUGGAAUUGGUACCAGGUGGUUCUUUGUUAAAUUACUUGCGUAAAAAUUCAAAUAAUUUAACCACACGCCAGCAAAUGGGCAUGUGUCGUGAUGCAGCUGCUGGCAUGCGUUAUUUGGAAUCUAAAAAUUGCAUACAUCGAGAUUUAGCGGCACGCAACUGUUUGGUCGAUCUAGAAAGUUCUGUUAAAAUAUCCGAUUUUGGCAUGUCACGUGAAGAAGAAGAAUAUAUUGUAUCGGAUGGUAUGAAACAAAUUCCAGUUAAAUGGACAGCACCAGAAGCCUUAAACUUUGGCAAAUAUACAUCACUGUGUGAUGUUUGGUCUUAUGGAAUCUUAAUGUGGGAAAUAUUUUCCCGAGGUGAUACACCAUACUCGGGAAUGACAAAUUCCAAGGCUAGAGAAAAAAUUGAUGCAGGCUAUCGCAUGCCAGCUCCUUGCAAUACUCCGCCCGAAAUGUAUCGUUUAAUGCUAAAAUGCUGGACUGCCGAAGCUGAAUCUCGUCCACAUUUCGAUGAAAUUUAUAAUGUCGUCGAUGCACUGAUUUUACGUUUAGAUAAUAGUCAUUAAAAUUAUUAUUAUACUCAUCAUACCACAUCAUACCGUACACAUACUCCGUACCAACUCUCAAUUACAACUUCAACUAUAGCCUGUACAUUAUAAACAC